AUGGUAACUGUUAAGCAGAGGAAUGCUCAAGCAAAAUUCUUCGAGUUUCCUCGAUCAAUAGCUGGAGCAGGUUGGUCAGCUCGUGGAGAUCGUAAACCAAGUGAGAAGCGGACUGCCUUCAACCGUCCUACAGCUCGACAGAUUUAUGAUGCUCUUCCAUUCGUUAGGAGAUAUUUUUUAUAUUGGAUGAAGCAUUCAUUUGACAAAGAGAAACUAUUCAUCAAUACUUUUCAACCUUUGAAGCAUAAGCCUUUUUACGGGGUUCCCUGUGGAGGAAUAGGUUGUGGAUCAUUAGGACGUGAUUUCCGAGGAGGUUUUUGUAAAUUUAGUUUGAGACCUGGAUUAAUAGAACAUGCAGUUGAUGUCAUUCCCGCUAAUCAAUUCAUUUUAUCUGUUCGAGCUCAUGGAAAAUGCAUUUAUCAGAAAGUCUUGUGUGGUGCGGAUGUUGCUCUUCGUGGAAACCAGUUGUCAGCUUGGGAUUUCUCCUUUCCUAAACAUGACAUAUACUAUAGAGGGCUAUAUCCCCGAUCCUGGACCUCUUUUGCUGUACCUGAGCUUAUGAUCGAAGUUGUUUUUUUGCAAAUUUCACCUGUUUUUCCAAACGACUACGAGGACACAUCUCUGCCCAGCACUUGUUUUAUAGUUGAUGUUAUUAAUAAUUCCAAUCAGGACUAUGAAGUUUCACUUACUUUCACUUUCCGGAACGGCACCGGCUUUAAAAAAUGGGACAAGGAGUCCGCAUGCUCAUCUUCCUCUUUCGAAAUGGACAAUAUUUCGGGAGUUAUUUUAAAUCAAACCAUCUCUCAAAUGCCAUGUAAGUACGGGAUUGCUACGAAAAAAAUGGGUACUGGUACGACAACGAUAUGCGAUAGUUUCAAUCCGUCCGGGAAUGGUUCCCAUCUUUGGAAAACACUCCUCGAAAGAGGUGAACUUCCAGAAAAUGAUGUUAGUAAGAAGUGGAAUGCUCGAGAGCUAGGAGUGGCCAUAUGUAAUAAAACGGUCGUGAGCUCAGGAAGUUCAACGAAGAUGGAGUUCUCUCUGACAUGGGACAUGCCAAUCGUUCGUUUUGGAAAUGAACAAAGAGAGUAUAAGAGGAGGUAUACAAGAUUUUUUGAUAGCGAGAAUGCAGCGGCUGAACUGUGUAAGAGAAGUUUAGAAAGAUGGGAGUUGUGGGAAGAAAAAAUUAACAAUUGGCAGAACCCUGUGUUGCAACACGAAUUGUUACCUGAUUGGUAUAAGUCAGCUCUAUUCAACGAAUUGUACUUCAUGACAGACGGAGGCUCACUGUGGUUUGAGUUUGAUGAUAACUGGUCAUCUAGCGAAACGCAAUUAUCCGACUAUACCAAAGAGCGAAUGAGGUCUUUUGGGCGGUUUGGAUAUCUUGAAUCUUGGGAAUACCGAAUGAUCAACACUUACGAUGUUCAUUUCUAUGCCUCUUUUGCUCUGGCGCAACUAUGGCCUGAGCUGGAAUUAGUAAUGCAAUCAGAAUUUACCGACCAAAUUGAUCAUCAAAAUAACAAAGUAACACGUUUUCAUAUGGAAGGAGAUCGAGCAAGUUUAAAAACUGGCGGACGAGUUCCACAUGACUUAGGAAAUCCUGCUCACGAUCCUUGGCUUUAUACUAAUGCUUAUGUAAUGCACGAUACUGGAAAAUGGAAAGAUUUGAAUCUCAAAUAUGUUCUAAUGUCAUGGAGAGAUUUAGCCCUUCUAACAAAUUUUGACAAAAAGUUUUUGAAUCAUACUUGGCCGGCUGUUAAGAAUUUGAUUCUGGAUGCUUUACGAAAUUGGGAUCAAAAUGGUGACGGUAUGAUCGAAAAUUUCGGUAAAGCUGAUCAGACUUAUGAUGCUUGGCAAAUGGAGGGUGUGAGUGCUUAUUGCGGUUCGCUUUGGCUUGCAGCUUUGCGAGUGUCUAUUGAAAUGGCCAAAAUGGUCGAAGAUUCUCAGGCUGCUUUACAGUUCACUCAAGUUUUGGAAAAUGCACAAGAAGUGUUCAAGCGUAAGUUAUGGACAGGCGACUAUUUUAGAUUCUGUGAGAAAUCGAGGAGUCGAGAAACUAUUAUGGCCGAUCAACUCUGUGGAAUCUGGUUUCUUGACUCGGUGUCUCCAGAACUCGCUAGAGAGAUUUUACCUAGUAAUAUGAUUAUUUCCUCUCUAAACAAGAUCUAUUCGUUCAACGUCUGUCGUUUCGGAGGUGGAAAUAUGGGAGCCGUGAAUGGAAUGAGACCAAACGGUGAAGUGGAUAGGUUUUACAUUCAAGCGGACGAGAUGUGGACAGGUGUAACUUACGCAUUAUCGGCUUUUCUGUUACAACAUGGGGAAGUGAAUAAAGCGUUCCACACCGCAUCAGGAUGCUAUGACGUUUGCUUCGAAAAAUCCGGACUUCAAUAUCAAACACCUGAAGCUGUUUAUGAGACAAAAUAUUAUAGGGCUAUCGGCUACAUGCGGCCGUUGUGCAUUUGGGCUAUGCAAUACGCUUUAGAACAACAUUUGAAGUUCUUCAGCUCUACUGACAAUCAACAAAACUAG